CCAGAAGAAGAGGAAGAGGCGGAAGUGUGUCUGUGCUGCGGAUAGAAGAAGAAGCAGCAGCGUUUAAAGCUGUUAAGCGAUACAAAAAAAACAUACAAAACAACAACAACACGAGUUGACACGUCCCGUCGAAUCGGUGUCACAGUUCGAUUCCCUGUGACCAGCCUCAGACUGACCCGUGCAGAUGGCGGCUGUGAGCGGUGUCAACAAAAUGUACGGAGCGUGUUUCCAGGCUGUUCGUGUGGCGACAGGACUCCGGGCGACGAGGCUGCUGCAGCACAGAAGCCUGAGAGUCAGCGCCGUGCACCGGCAGCAGCCCUUUGACUCAUCGCCGGACAAGCCGCAGUUCCCUGGAGCGUCUGCCGAGUAUGUGGAUUCACUUGAGUUUAUCCAGCCCAAUGUGAUCUCUGGGAUCCCAGUGUACCGGGUGAUGGACAGGCAAGGAAAUAUCAUCAACCCCUCUGAAGACCCUCAGCUCUCCAAAGAGACGGUUUUGAACUUUUAUCAGAAGAUGACUCUGCUGAACACGAUGGACCGCAUUCUUUAUGAGUCUCAGAGACAGGGACGGAUUUCGUUCUACAUGACCAACUAUGGUGAGGAGGGGACACACAUUGGCAGUGCUGCUGCUCUUGACCCAAGUGACCUGGUCUUUGGUCAAUACAGAGAAGCGGGAGUGUUGAUGUAUCGCGGUUUUCCUCUGGAUAUGUUCAUGGCUCAGUGCUAUGCCAAUGCUGAUGACCUCGGCAAGGGUCGGCAGAUGCCUGUCCACUACGGCUCCAAAGACUUGAACUUUGUCACAAUCUCCUCUCCUCUGGCCACUCAGAUUCCUCAGGCGGCUGGAGCUGCAUAUGCAGCCAAGAGAGAAAACACCAACCGCGCUGUCAUCUGUUAUUUCGGAGAGGGAGCCGCCAGUGAAGGGGAUGCACACGCUGGCUUCAACUUCUCUGCCACCCUAGAGUGCCCAAUCAUUUUCUUCUGUCGUAACAACGGCUACGCCAUCUCCACCCCCACCAACGAGCAGUACAGAGGGGACGGCAUUGCUGCUCGUGGUCCAGGCUAUGGAAUGCUGUCCAUCCGGGUCGAUGGCAACGAUGUGUUUGCCGUGUACAAUGCAACAAAGGAAGCUCGACGCAGAGCUGUGGCCGAGAACCAGCCUUUCCUCAUCGAAGCAAUGACAUACAGAAUCGGGCACCACAGCACCAGCGACGACAGCUCGGCUUACCGCUCAGUGGACGAGGUGAACUACUGGGACAAGCAGGACCACCCCAUCUCCAGGCUGAGACACUACAUGGCGGCCCGCAACUGGUGGAGCGAAGACGACGAGAAGAGCUGGAGGAAGCAGUCCCGUAAGACGGUGAUGGAGGCGUUUGAGAAUGCUGAGCGGCGCCUGAAGCCCAAUCUCGAACUCAUGUUCACUGACGUGUACCAAGAGAUGACGCCCAACCUGGAAAGGCAGAGACAAUCCAUGUGGAGGCACGUGCAGCAGUACAAGGAGCACUACCCACUUGACAUGUAUGAUAAAUAAUGACCCUGACAUGAAUAGGUUCCCUACGUGAUGGUUACACUUUGGAGUGGGUCAGUAUUGAGACGUUGAGAAGAUGUAGUUUUGAUAUGACGUGUCAUUUCUUUCUGCAGAUUGUACUUCAUACCUCUGGGUUUGGUGCCUUCAGUUAGUAGACUUACUGUUUUCUAUGGACAUUAAAUCAUACUUUAGUUUCACACCCCGGUUCUGCUGCAGUAUGACUGCCUUAUGCAUAAAAACAACCACACAAAUCAAGCAAUAAAUGGUGGAAGUUUACCUCUGUUCUCUCCUCUCUCCUGUCUUCUCUUGUUUAUUGUGGUGUUUCCUUUUGUGACACUGAUUUAAAAAAUGUGUUUAAAUGGUUUUAGAACUCAAAAAAAUGUCUAAUGGGUGUGAAUAAUGCUGUUACAGACAACACUAAAUCCCAGAACUACACACCCAUCUAGCUCCUGUUACGUGUUUGAUGUUUUGUGGAAAAAUAAACAAAAGAACUUA